UCUGUGAGCAGACAGGAACAACAAAGAAGGGAAAGCGCCCGGGUUUUAAACCUACUUCAAAACACAAAAUCAAAGAAAUUAUCUACUGUUCAUAGUAGGGUAAAAGAAUUUGGUUUGCAUGUGAGGACAAGUGUCUGCCGAGCCAACAAUGGCGAACAAUGCAGAGGAUGUUGAAAACAAUAUGAACCAACAGGAGUCCAGUGUGGCCCCUCAAGCCCCCCAGCAGCCACAAGAAGCUGGAGUAACCAGAACACGGUCCAGGGGGGGUUCAGGAGCUGGAGGAGGAGGAGGCGAUGGAGGAGGAGGCAGUGGGCAGGAGCAGAACGGGCAGCCUCCCGCCGCUCGUCCUCCUCGUGUGGUGGAGACUGACGAUGACGAGGAGGAGGAGCUGACCUUGAAAUAUGGGGCAAAGCAUGUCAUCAUGCUGUUCGUUCCCGUCACCCUUUGCAUGGUUGUUGUCGUGACAACCAUAAAGUCUGUCAGCUUCUACACCCAUAAUGAUGGGCAGAGAUUGAUCUACACACCGUUCCCUGAAGACACAGACACAGUAGCACAGAGAGCGUUGAACUCCAUCCUCAACGCCACCAUCAUGAUCACUGUGAUCAUCGUCAUGACUCUGGUGCUGGUGCUGUUAUACAAGUACCGCUGCUACAAGGUGAUCCAAGGCUGGCUCUUCCUCUCCUCUCUCCUCCUGCUGUUCUUCUUCUCCUACAUCUACCUCAAAGAGGUUUUCAAGACCUACAAUGUGGCCAUGGAUUACUUCACCCUGGCGGUAAUAAUUUGGAACUUCGGAGUGGUGGGCAUGAUCUGUAUUCACUGGAAAGGACCCCUGCGGCUCCAGCAGGCCUACCUCAUCAUGAUCAGCGCCCUCAUGGCCCUGGUUUUCAUCAAGUACCUGCCAGAGUGGACCGCCUGGCUUAUAUUAGCUGUCAUCUCAGUCUACGAUCUGUUAGCGGUGCUCUGUCCCAAAGGGCCCCUGAGGAUCCUGGUGGAGACGGCUCAGGAGAGGAACGAACCCAUCUUCCCUGCCCUCAUCUAUUCUUCUACGAUGGUGUGGCUCGUCAACAUGGCCGACACUGACGGGCCGAAGAGGAACUCGACAGAAGCAGCUUCGUUUCAACAAGAGACUCCACAAGCCGUGGUGUCUCCUGCGCCUUCCAGUCCGUCACAGGACGACGGAGGCUUCACCACCAACUGGGUCAACCAGCAGGAGCACCAGCUGGGACCGAUCCAGUCCACUGAGGAGAGCAGGCGGGAGAUCCAGCAGAUGCCGUCUGCCCGUCCUCCUGUUGAAGAGGAUGAUGAAGAGAGGGGCGUCAAGCUGGGCCUCGGAGACUUCAUCUUCUACAGCAUGCUGGUGGGAAAAGCCUCGGCCACGGCCAGCGGCGACUGGAACACCACGCUCGCCUGCUUUGUAGCCAUCCUCAUUGGCCUGUGUCUGACCCUGCUCCUCCUCGCCAUCUUCAAGAAAGCGCUCCCCGCUCUGCCUAUCUCCAUUUUUUUCGGGCUGGUCUUCUACUUCGCCACCGACAACUUGGUACGGCCCUUCAUGGACAAGCUGGCGUUACACCAGUUCUACAUUUAGCAGGACGCUGCCCUGAUAACCCUCACCCACAUAGCUCUCUGGCUAACAACACCAGAGCGGUCCCUUUGCAGCCGGGGAACAAAGGGUGGUGCGGGAGGGGGGGGGGGGCCUCCCGCCCGCCCCCGCAUCCCCUCCUAAGAACUCAUGAUGAUGGGACACAAGUUGUUUUUGUUCUGCCUUUCUCUCUGCCGCAGAGAGAGAGAGUAUUCCCCACAACAGCUGUUCUUAAAUAUUUUAUUUCUCUUUUAAACCAAGAAGUGACACAUUUCUCGCUCAACUUGGGACCUCGUCUUCAGACCUUCAUCUUCCUCACCGCUCUCAGGCACGACCUGAGAAGCUCCUGAGAAUAAUUCACCUUUUAUUUAUCCAGGGAAGCUCCACAAGAGCUUGUCUGCUCCUUUUUCCAGCAGCCUCACAUCCACCCACCUUCAGAUCUGGGAUCUGCCCAGUACAACCACAGUCUUCUACACCUGGGGCUUUACAGUAGGUGCCUUGCUCAUGGACACCUCGGCGGUAGCCGUUGAGCAAAGGGAGACGGUUUGAUUGAAUCUCCCCCGUAACGACUUUAAUCAAACACCUUUCCCGUCACAAGUCGGUUUUCACGUCUUGUGAGUUACCACCAGCCCCAAACAAGCCUUCAUCAAACUAAUGGACACUCAACGAUGAUAUUGAUUAUAGAUUGGUAAAUGUGUAGUUUGAUCAUGUAUGAGCUGUCAGUCACCAGAGCGUGCUUUCCUCACCGCUGUUAGGAAUGGGUAAGACUUUUUUUUUUUUUUUUUUUUUUCCCACUUUAGACACAAAAACCCAAAAGCUCUGACGCCAGAGCGACUUCCACCCAGGAAGAUUAACACUGAACAGAUGUUUGGAAAAUAAUGGAAAAGAGGAAAAAAGUUUAUCAAGAAUUUAAAAUACAGUGUUUUUGUGACACUAAUUCCACCAUGUUUUUCUGCCCUUGAUUUUUUUUUUUUUUUUUUUUUCUUUACCUUAAAUCACAUUUGAAUUCGCAGCCUGCAGAGGGAGGGAAGUUGACACACACUCACAGCUGAGACUUGCCUGCCAUGUUAGCCAUGUACUGUCAGCCACUGAGCAGUUCUGCUGGAGCAAUUGGAGGUUCAGUGCCUUGCUCAAGGGCAUUUCAGUAGUAGUUGUUGUUGUUGUUGUUGUUGUUGUUGUUGUUAUUGUGGGACAGAAAUGUGCUUUUCAUUCUCUACCCUGACGGAGAUUUAAGAUUUUUAUUUUUUGUUUUUCCGAUCUGUCCAGGGAUUGUAACCUGUGAUCAUCUGGUCACAAACUCUGAACCUUUAGGCUAUAGCUGCCCUCAUGAUGCUCGCCUGGUGCUGUCUUGAACUAUGCUACAUCAAACACUAAAAUAAUUUAGUCUAUACACAGAUAUUGUUGUGUUUUUUCAAGAUAUGCACAAGAAAAACUUUGUACUUUUUGAAACGUGGGGGUAAAUGUUAACAGGGUUCCUACACUGAAAACCUGGGGACGUGUGAAUACAAACAAAAACUUUUGACAGAAACAAUGUUCAGGUGUUGAGGAAAUAAAAAACACUCCUGUCCUGGUAAAUGAGGGAGUUGUAGAUCUAGUUAAAUUUGAUACUUGAAUUUGUGAACAUUUUUGGAAAGCAUUAUCUCCUGUCAUCGAGCAUUAUUAGCCUAACUGACUACUUUUAAUAAAGUUAAAAACAAACCAGAGAGUUUAAGCUCAGAAAAUCGUGAUGACGAUGUGUAUGAACCCAAACUCUGUGGCUUCUCACGUACGAGAUCGUUCUGAGUGGUGGAGUAAAGACGAGCUGCACUGAUUGCUCUUUUGUUGUUGCACUCGAGUUUCACGCUUGCAGAGAAAAACCAAGAGGGAACAAUAUAAUAAUAUUUGUUCUGAGACUGUUCUUUACCCUUUCUGUUUUUAGGGAAUAUGUUGGGUGACUGGCUUUUUUUCUGUCCUUCACAUGCAUAUGUGUUAUGCAAGAUUAUUCAAUUCAGAUUUUGUUCUUUUUUUUUAAUAAAUAAUGAAACUGAAAAUA